AUGAUCUCUACGCGCCUCGGGGGCUGCACUUCUUCCACGCGAUCGGAAAGCUCGCGAUCGCGAUCUCAGACCUAUCACCUCAGUGACGCAACCCUCGCAUUGUCGUCAAUCCCCCAAUUUUCCCGACCCUUCUUAGAGGUGUCUCGACACAAUUCCCGCGUGUCUGACGAAGCCCACGACUCUCACGACCCUUCUACGUUUACGACUUUUGCCCACCCCCAGCCGACGGUCCAACGCUCAUCGACCGCAGCGGCAUCGCUCUCACGACCCAGUCCGGUGGGCUCUCAGCGCACGUUACGACGAGUCUCCCGCCAGCCGGAAGCUCGCCAAUCGCUCCACCGCCGAGCGGUAUCUCUUGGGGCCCCCAGUGCUCUCCCUCGUCCCCAGCCGGUGCAAAACACCCCGGCCACUGUACGACACCCUCCAACCAGUGGCAUCGCGGCCCUACGCCCGGCCCUUUCCGAGGCGCACACCGACGACAACGGCUCGACCGUCGACGACCCCUACCAGCUCCUCGACAGCUCGUAUUGGCCAAUUAGAACCAGUCGAGUCUCCUCGCGCACCGCGUCGGCCAUCCUUUACGCGCUCGAAGACGCCAUUCGUGGUCCGCUCCAGCUCUCGACCGAUUGGGACGAAGUGAAUGCGUCUAUGUCAGACAUGGUAGGCGUCGCUGGCCCCGCUGGGCCUGUGGGCAACGGCCGCGUUCAAAAUGGCGGACCCCGUGUACCCCAGAACCCGAUUUCGGGAUCCUCCCAACCUCCGAGUGGCGUGAGAACCCCCACCGACAUCAUGAGACAACGCCGCGACCGGGAAGCCCGCCGCAAGGCGGAGCACGAGGCCCGAGAACGGGAGCAGGAGGAAUUGGAUCGCCAACAGCUGGAACAGGAGCAACUGGCCCAGGCUGAGGCCCAGACGCAACAAUACGCCGCGGGGAUUGCCGGGGACAAUGCCUCACAAUCGCGGAUAAGAGCCCCUCGAGUACCCCGGGGAUCGGAACCACAACUGGACUCGGCACCCAUCACGGCAGGAUCCGCGCCGGGCUAUCGCCCCGCGGGCGAGUCAGCACCGACCGGCAGAGAACCGGAGUUCCCGCCUGCACCCGCAAUGGCGACAGGCACCGGGGCAGGGCAAUCGCGGCCGACGGCAGCGUCCAGCCUCAAACCCCAGCACAGUCGUUCCCAGAGCGCCGCCGCCCUGGGGGCCCACACCGGCUCAGGGGGGUUCUCGAAACCCGCGCAGGCUCCCCCAGCCAGCUCUCAGCAAACGCUUCAACAACCGAAACGCGUUGGCUUUCCACAUGCAUUCGAAAGAUGGGAGACCCUCUCAUCGCACUGGGAAGGGUUGACUAGCUACUGGAUGCGCAAGCUCGAACAGAACAACGAUGACCUCGAGCGCGAUCCGGUCAGUCAACAAUUGGCUCGACAGGUGACAGACUUGUCUGCGGCCGGGGCAAACCUAUUCCACGCCGUGGUUGAAUUGCAGCGUCUGCGCGCCUCCUCCGAACGCAAGUUCCAGCGUUGGUUCUUCGACACCCGCGCCGAGCAGGAGAGGGCCAAGGAGACCCAGGCGGACUUGGACCGCCAACUCAAAGCGGAGAUGCGGUCUCGCGCGGAGGCUCUCGCGACUGCCCAGGAAUCCGAGAAGGACAAGGUGAAAGCCGAGGAACUCCUCAAGGAGAUGCGCCGUGAAUUGCAAAUCUCCAAAGAAGAGGCCCGCCGCGCAUGGGAGGAGCUCGGUCGCCGGGAACAAGAAGAGCGAGACCGAACCAAUUCCCUCCGCAACGGUGAGCCCACCCUCGUCGGAGGCGUCCAGGUGGUUCCCAUGGUGCCCGGUCCUCCCAGCCGUCACAACACCACCCGCUCGCAGGCCCGCGAAGGCACAUACCCCAGCAGCUCCGCGGCCCAGGGCACAGAUGCCUACGGCAAGCCUGUCAAUCCCAGCUCCAGUGGACAGUACUACCAAGAUGGUACUCCCAUGUCCCCCACCGGCUCCGAUCCAUUCACCGAGCCUAAAAAGACCGAUCCCCCCAGGGCCUCCUACCCAGCACCGCUCUAUGAGCAACCUACCGGCCCCGCCACCUCCGAGCCGGACGACCGCUCUUACGUCGGCAGCAGCGAGGCCGACGACGACUAUGCCCACUACGCGCACGACCCGCAAGGGCUCAGCUAUCCGCCGGGACCCCCUUCCGAGGACAGCGAGGAGUACGACCACCCGGCUGCCCCGUACCCGGAAGGAGCCUACACCUCCGCUGAAACAUCCGCCACCCUGCAAGCCCCUUACCCCCCGACCUCGGCCGCGGAUUACACCGGCGCGGGCUGGGGCCCCGGCACCGGUUGGGAGUCCAUGACUCCUCGUCAUCGGCACCCGACGCGUCUAAGUGACGUUCUGGAAGAAGACGAACCCAGUCGCACCAGUCCCAGUCGUGCGAGCCUGGCCAGCCGCAGCCAGGCCAGCCGCAGUAUCCUGUAA